AUGGAUCUGACUAAAGUCCUCGAAGCUACGGUUUCUCCAGGUAAAGUUGCUGUAUGAUUUGACUGAUCGGUUGUGACAGGGAAAAUUUGUGCGGAGUAAAGCACAUGGUCGUCAUUGCAUGAUAUGUUUCAAAUUUCGCUUACAUUUGAAUGUUAAUAUUGAUGUUUAUUAAAUCGUGUAGAUCAAAAUGAACUUCAAAGCGCUCAACGUUAUCUGGAAGAAGCUGCCCAAGGAAAUUUGGUAAGAAUAGUUAGGCUUAGGUAGCCGUUUAACAGUGGAAAGCUUUCGGUUUAUUUUGCGCGCCACCCGGUAGUGGAAGUUGGUUAAGUUUUACGUUCCAUUCACUUACUCCACAAUGUACAAGUUUCACCAACGGAAUUUGUACUUUUCAUGGCCUUUAAAUUGAAAUUUACUCGUUGUCUCAUGCGUGUCUUUCGUUUCGACAGCCUCAGUUUUUAGCGGCGUUAGUGAACGAAUUAGCUGAUGGAGGCAAGUCUCAAGUUGCACGAAUGGCUGCGGGGUUACAGCUUAAAAAUCAGCUCACAUCGAAAGAUCCCACUGUCCGAAUGCAGUACCAACAACGAUGGAUCUCCCUAUCUGACGAGUUAAAAAAUCACGUUAAAACGAGGGUAAGAGACAAAAUGAGGCUCGUAUUGUUGAUAUUUUGCGAUAUUCUAAAACAAAACAAUUGGUUCCUUGCAGGUUAUUCAAACACUAGGAACAGAGAAAGCAAGGCCCGCCAUUGCUCCUCAGGUAAUCACAAGUUUCCGUUCAGUAGGAUCAUUACUGUACGAAACUAAGCGAAAAACAACCUUUCCUCUCCAAAGUUUUUAAGGACCUGGGAAGUUGUUUUUAAUGGUGGUGUUUUUAGAUCUUUUGCAUACCAGCACUCGUUGUCUGGGGUACAUCAGCUUACGAGAAAACCUUUAAAAAUAAGCUUUUCUGCCCGUGAACUAGGGAUCCACGACUUAGGUGUAAUUUAUACUGUAUCAGAGCUUUUAAGGGUAAAGGCGUGCAUUUCAGGAGUAUUAUUUGCAGUAAAAACCAUCUGCAAGUUCCUGCUGGAGUUAUAGUUCUUACAAGUGUUAGAUUGGAUCAAGGCAUGAAGAGAAGAAAAAAUUAAAUGACCCAGCUCAUUACACAGUGUCUUAGCUAAGGAGAACAAAAUGUGAAUUUGUAUUUAUUUAACGCUGCUGUCAACAACUGCACUUCAUAGUUAAUACAGCUGAAACAGGGAACAGUGCGAACAUGUGUGUUCGCAUUUGUUGGACUUUAAACCUGUGGGUCAGUGGAUCCAUUAAUGGUCUGCCACUGCUUCAUAAGUACUACCCGAUUAACUAGUGGUCAUAACUGAGCCCACUGUACCAAGCAUACAGCUACUAGGCCUGGCUUCAAAAACUGUUUUCAAGUGGUUCGCAUGUUCGACGAAGAUCCUGCUUGAUUCAUGCAGAAAUAUAUUUCAAGUAUACCAAAACUGGGCAAGGGAAAGAAAGGCUUUUGUGGCAGGGUGGAGGGUGGAACCUGCCAGUCUCAUAAAUGUGUACACUUACCCAACUGUGAAAAUUCUGGGCAUCUAGUAUUGGCUAUGGAGUGCCUACACCCGUGAUGUGAAAGGUCUUAUUUCAGUGUUCUCCUUAUCAGGUAGUAACUGUUAAAAUUUUCUGCCUGAAGCAACACUUCUUACGGCCUGCAACUGCUUGAAGGUUUACUAAAAUUAAACAAGUAGCUUUAAAAAAUACGCAAGUUGUGAUCUGAUCCAAUCAAGGAAAUGAAUGAAUGUAUGGAAAAGUACUAAAGUAUACACAGCUUUUCUGUUUUUAUGGGCGAUGCACUUUGAAAAGAGAACAUUCAAGACAGAGUGAAAUUAUUGAAAUGAAACAUUUUAAAUUGUUGUUUAAAGAGAACAACGGCCAAUUUGCAUAAAAUAGGUCUUAAAAUGGGGGAAUGACAUUUCAGAGAACAUAGCUCUUAAAUUUCCCAGUGAGGGCAGGGCCAUGUCUCUCACUUCUCUACACCUCCCCCCCUCGCAGGAAAGUGUGCUUUUGACGUAUAUUUUCUGCCUUACCAGUCAUGAUGGAUCUAAAUUUUCAGUGAGAAUGCUGCUUUUUUUUAAAAAUAAUUUAUUUUAUCUUGUUUCAUAUUUUUUGCAAAAAGUGUAUAGCGGCUAUUGCUUGUGCUGAGAUACCUAACAGACAGUGGUUGGAAGUGGUUGAUAUUCUACAAAACAUUGCAGUGCAACCGACCAGCGCAGAUUCACUAAGAGAGCAAGCACUGGAAGCAAUUGGCUAUCUCUGUCAAGAUAUUGUGAGUACCUUAUUCAUUAACUGUCAGCCCUUUAAACCCUCGUUGUUACAAAUGCAGGUACCCUUCCAAAGAAAUUGAUUAAUAGAGUAUUACAGGAAAGUGGUGAUGUUGAAAUUUUUAGGAAGGCCUCUGAUCAGAAUUUUACUCUACGUGGUACUGUAUCAGUGAUUGAUUAUUACCAAAAACUUUUCUUGCAUUCCGCUUGUCACAUUAUUGUUUGAAAAAGACCGAUACUGACACAUUUUAUACAUUGUAAAUAGAUGAGGAAAAUGUGCAUUGUAACUUUCUAAUCUUUCACCUAUUUUUAAUAUAGGUUAUUUGUAAAUGAUGAUGUGAAUUUUUGUCUUUAGAUGAUGAAAGAUCAUUUUCACAUCAUGUUACAGUGGCCAUGUUAGUGUACAAAGCAUUUAAACAGCGGCCAUGUUGAUACUGUACCAAAAUAUCCUGUGGGGAUUGAACUCUUCUCAAGCAAAUACUUUUUGGUUCCAAAAAAUUUACAUAGCCACUCCAUGAUCACAUGAGUGAAAACAAUCUUUUAAAGACAUAGUCAUCAUCAUUAUUAGUUAUUGUUAUAGUUAUUGGCAUCAUCAUCAUCAUCAUCCAGAGUUUGUACGCUUCUUGACAGUCCUUGAAAAUUGCAGUCUUUGCCGGAAAGUCCUUGAAGUUUGGUGCUAAUGUUAUCCAAACAAAAGCAAAGGAGCAACCACAGAAAUAUUUUCAGGAUAAAAUUGCUCAUGUUGUGGAAGAACUAAAAGAGACAGUAGACUCAAGGCUUCGCACUGAAUGGAGUCCUUGAAAAAUGGGAAAUGUGUCCUUGAAAGUCCUUUCAAAGUCCUUGAAUGUUUUGUUUGAAAAAGGGUACGAACGCUGGUUGUCAUCAUCAUUAUCAUAAUUAUUAUUUACCUUUUAACAUGUUUCCUGGUUUUUUUUCCAUGACACUAACAAGUAAGGAGGAGGUCACUGAAGAGACAAAAAUGUUAAAAAAACAAUGAAACAUUUUAAUUUCUCCUUUAUCUUGGACUUGCAUAUAGAUUAUACCCUUAAGCUGUAGCUUAAAUUGAAAAUCUCAAGUGAAAACAGCAAAUAAGUUAAAUUUACAAUGUCUUCAGGAAUUACAGUGCAACUACUAUAACUGGGGCCACCUAGAAAAAGUUGACCAAAAGUAUUACAGGAAAAUAACAAUACAGUCAGAAAAUUUGUUGUGAGCCAAACAGCAGCUUCUAAAAAAACAAUAAGUUACUUGAUGCAAAAAAAUUAAAUAUUGAUUGCAAGCGUUUAUCAGGAAAGCAAAAUGUUUCAGCAGACAAUGUUUUUCUACUCUAAACUUUGCGUACAACACCCAUGAGACAUAUUUUUUUAUCAUUACCAGUAAUUUCUUUGGUAAUAUUGCCGCGCUUUACAAUAACAUGUGAACUCAAGUCAAAAAUAUAACUUUCUUGUACAUUUUUUUUCUCCGUCACCCACUCUAACGGACCUCUCGGAAAACACGUGCUUUCUUCAGCAGGUUCAAAAGGUCUCGUCUGUAUGUUGUAAUUGGUUGAUUUUGAUCCAUGUUGUUUAUUUUGUUUUGUGGUAAGUAUGACUGACAACCAACUUACUCUCAAUGUAUUAUUAUUUUCCUGUAAUCCAAUUGGUCAACUUUGUCUAGGUUGCCCCAACUGAGUAGUCACACUGUAAGUGCUUUAAUGGGCUUUCAGCAGCUUGACAUUAUGUUGAAAUGCUGAUGUUUGUGGAGUGUUCUGAUUGUAGUUCUUUCCCUUUUGAACUGUCUUCUUUAGGAACCAGAGCACUUAGUUGAUCAGUCACAUAAAAUUUUGACAGCAAUUGUGUCAGGAAUGAAAAAUGAAGAGCCAAAGUAAGUGUAGAUCAUUUUGUUAUUUUAAUUGUUGGGCGGGAUUAGGUAACCUUCUCUAUAAAAUAUAUACCAGUAACUUGAAAUGAUCUGGGUCCUUGUAAAGUACGCGAGUUAAACACUUUUGCUUCAGUAGGCGAAAAAAAGAAAAAACAAAUGCACAAACACUGCUCUUAAUUAUUAUGCAUUGGGGAAAACCAAAGAUUAAUUUGUUAUUAUGAACUUGGUUUAACUGUUAUGUACAAUUUUUACUCUCAGCCUCCAGAUCAGAAUAGCAGCCACCAAUGCCCUUUUAAACUCCCUGGAAUUUUCAAAGCAGAAUUUUGAAAGAGAGGUAAUUUGGCUUUUUGUUUUCUUCUACUUUAUUGUUAUCUUGGUUAAUUUUCCAUUUUCUGUUUUAAUCAUCUUUCAGGGAGAACGUAAUUUCAUCAUGCAGGUAGUUUGUCAAGCAAGUGUAGCAGAUGAUACCCAGGUAAUUGUUUUUGGCAUCCUCAUUUGAAACAAUAAUUGUUCUUGAGUGCUUGCCAUUUCUAUGGAAAUUUUGGUGAAGAUUAUCUGACAAAAGGUACUGUUUUUACAAAUUUUUAGUCAUGCCGGUUCAGUGAUUAUGUAACCAGACAGUUAAUCUGAAGACAGACUCCAAAACUCUGUGUUACAGUACACUGAAAUUAAAAUAUAGUGCUUUAUUUUAAAGCACGACAAAGACUAAAAGAAAUAUGUAUUGGCAAACAACAACCAUAAUAACUGCCACAGAAAUUACACAAACAGGUGGUUAUUUCUACAAAUACACAUUCAGAUUGAUUGAUCGAUCUUUGCGUCAUACUGGACCCCCAUGCCAUAACUUAUUUUGCUUCUUUGGGGAUUUUUUAUGUGCGAGGAAUGCAGGACACAGAGGUAACAAAAUCACUGCUACUUCAGACUUAGCAAAUAAUGCUUUAGCUCAAGUUUGUAGAAGUCUAACACUUAUAGUCUUGCUUCUUCACAUAUACCACUAUGAUGCAUCAUAAUUUUUGUUUGAUGAUCAUUUCCAAAUUUAAGCUCCAGGAACAUAUUUUUAAAUUAGGCUUUUAAAGUGUGGUGUUUUUAUGUCAAAUUUGGGUAGCUUAUAAAUAGAGGGGCAUAUUUUCAGAAUUUUAUGAUAUUUGGUACUUUCUGGGUUUCUCUGACCAUCAGAACACAUUUUGAUUUGUUCAUGUCCAAUUCAUGGUUCUCUGGACUAACUUGUUCGAUUUUCCUCAUUUUUUUUUUGUAGCUGAAGGUUGCAGGCUUGCAAAAUAUUGUGAAGAUAAUGUCUUUGUAUUACCAGCAUAUGAAGGCGUACAUGGGUAAUGCAUUGUUUCCAGUAAGUUUUUGUUAAUUCCCACGUUAGAAAGUGUUUUUUAGAAAAUAGGCUGUUUGCGAGUUUCCCUAAUUAAAGCCUCUGUUUUAAAGCGAGUCUAAGUGUGAAGACGUUGAAAUGAAAAUCAUAUCUCAUUUUCAUGCAAAUAAGGCCCUGUUUACAAGAAGGGAGGGUAACACUGGUGUUAGGGUUACCCUUGCAACAGGGUUACCCUGGCGCUUGCACACUUCUUCUUUUUUUACAUGAAGUGUUUACAAGGUAGAAGGGUUACCCUAAUGCUAGUGUAACUGUACCUACCUGGUAAAUGCUCUGCUAGGAAUAACUCGCCUACCCAGGAGAACUUUCCGCUGUCAUGCAUGACCAGUAAUCUUGACAAUUUGAACGGAAUAUCCAAUUUCUGAGCUAAACUAUAAACAUAUGGAAAACUGCCCACCUACCCCUACCCUAAGCCAACAUUAUCUCUCACUUCUCACUCAGGACAAAAUGGUGGCCUAGGGGAGGGGUAGGGGGGCAGUUUCCAAGAAACCUAAAUUGAUCCCAAUGAAAAUAUUUUCACAUUUUUUAUUGAAUUUCAUGUGGUUUCCAUAAAGAUUAUCUAGUUUUAUUUGGAUGUGACAAAGAAUAUCCCACAUGGUGAAACACAUUAGUAAAGCUGGUAGAGUUGACCCGGGUUAUAGGGCAACCCUAACUGUGAAAGUUGUUUGUAAACUAGAGCUAACUUUAACCCACUUGCAAGGGUAAGUCUAGUGCAAGGGCGGGGUGUUCAUUAGGCAUCAGAGAUUGGAGAAUUUUCCUUUUACCAUGCAGAAUUCUCUGGCUACGUUCGGUAGCCUCUGACUAUUUUUUAUUCAGGUGUGGAGCCGCUUUCAAAAUAUUCUCCUGUAACAUUACACCUUUCUCCUGCUACUUGAAUUCGUAAUGAAAACCCUGCAAGGGUAAGUCUCUGGAGUAUCCUUUGGCAUCCAGAAGCAGCCCCUACGUUAAAUAAUGCCCACGCAAUCUGUACAAUUUUCAUUUUGCCCUGUUAGAUUUGUAUGGAGGCAAUGAAAUCUGAUGUCGAUGAGGUUGUUCUCCAAGGAAUUGAGUUUUGGUCUACAAUUUGUGAUGAAGAAAUGGACCUAGCUAUUGAAGCUGCAGAGGUAAUAAGUGAUUGAUACCCAAGACGUUUACACCUGUCCAUUAAUUAAGCUUCUGUGUGUUGCUGCGCAUGGUGGAGUGUAUUAGGUUUCUAUUUUGUUUUUGAAAUCUGUUACUGGUUAAUCAUUUUGAUCCAGGAGAAGAAUUUUGAAUAAUUGAAAACAUACUUUUUUCGAUGGUCUUCCUAAAUUAAUCCCAGGGCCAAAAAAACUUUCACCAAGGGUUUAUGGGUCAUUGGAAAUCUGGAAAGUCGUGAAAUUUAAGAGUUUCAUUUUCUAGGUCUGGAAAACCAUAGAAGUUUAUUUUCAGUCAUGGAAAGUUAUGGAAAAUUGAAGUCAUGUUUGGUAGAUUUAGUUACUGCAAAUGUCAAAGCAAGGACAAAAUAAGAUAGAGACAAGUAAUUGAACACUGCAAACAGCCCUUGCUUUGGUGGACAGCAGUGUUUGAGUUUGUUGAGCAGAGGUAAAGUGAGAGUUAAGAACAGAAUUCCCUUCAGCGAGAUAGCAAAAUCCACUAGCCCUAGGCUUGCAGACACUAUUUUCUUUGCAGGAUGGGAUCAGCCCACCCUGUCACCACACUUCUACUGAUUUGGCUCUUAUGGAUGAGAAAUAACUCACACUGCCAUCUGUUUAAAGAGUUGGUGGGGGACAUAGACCCCACUUGUGUGGUCGUAGUCUUAAACAUCUAUGUGUGUGUGUUGCUUGUAACAGGCUUGUAUCCGCUUAAUCGAGGCUACAUGCCCUUAUGAUAAAAUUGAUUAUAUAUCACCUCUCUAUCAAAUAAACAAUGAUGUUGAUACCUUUUUACAUGAAAUUUUCGCAACACUUAAAUUUUGCCAUUUUGCGAAAUUUUUGUACUUUGAAUCACUUUAAUUUCAUGAUCUUUAGUAAGACACUAUUUAUUUAACUUAUCCUUGAAGCAAAUAGAACAACUUCAUUUACAAGAACGUUUUAUUUUGAUCAGGCAGCUGAAUCUAACAGGAAGCCAGAGCAGUCCAGCAUGUUUUAUGCUAAAGGAGCUUUGGAAUUUAUAAUUCCAUAUUUGAUAGAUUGCCUCAUGAAACAGGUUAGAUUAAACUCCACAACUCCAUUUUGUAAGAACUAAUUAUUUUUAAGGAUUACAAUGAUCUGUGACAUAAAUCCCAUUUAAAGGAAAAUAUAAAACUCUUAAGGUACCAUCGUUACAUUUUUAUCAAAUAUCUUUUGUCUCCGACUCCUAAUACCCAUACCAUAAUCAAACAAUUGGUUCGAGUUGUUAUUCAAAACAAUAAUUUGAGAAAAGUUUCACCAAUAAAAAGUGUGAAUGUUUCACAUUUGUUGCGAUAUUAUGACCGUUAAUUCAAAGGGCCCAUGUAUGGGACACUUUUUAAGCUACCCGAAAGUAGCAACCUCCUAAUGACCCUCCCGAAAGUGGCAAAGGAAAAGGGUGCUAAAUACACGUUCGUAUUUUAAACGAGUUUUUUAGCUCCUCGACGUAACAUGUCAAACUAAAUGAUUGAUUGGUUGAUUGAUUGAAAUUAACUAGGUCGUUACUUAACCCUUUAAGUCCCAAAAGUGACCAACAUAAAUUUUCUCCUAACAAUAUCCAUACACUGUCAAGAGAUAAAGUUAAGAGAAUUAAUAAAAUGAUCACCAUAGAGAAAAUUCCAUGAUCUUUUAUCAAAUUCUCUCAACUAAUUCUUAAAGGAGAUGUCUGGAGAUCAGUUUGGAGAAUUUGUAUGUGGAUAUUGGGGCUUAAAGGGUGAAUUGUUUUGACCGAUCAUUUCAGGAGGAAUUUGAUGAUGAAGAUGACUGGAAUCCUUGUAAAGCUGGUGGUGUUUGUCUUAUGCUGCUAGCCCAGUGCACUGAACAUCACAUCGUUCCUCAUGUUUUGUCAUUCAUUAAAGAAAACAUCAAAAACCCUGACUGGAAAAGAAGAGAUGCUGCUGUAAUGACAUUAGGUGGGUUCAUGUUAUUUGGUUUUGAGGCUGGGAGAGGUAAAUGCAGCCAAACUCAAGCAUAACAGGUCAAAGGGUAACCGUAAACUGCCAGUAUUAUUGAGCAAGGUGUGCCAAAACUUAUGUCCGAUUGUACAGGACACAUAGAAAUUUAGUUCGGACAUGAAAAACUUUAACUUGACUUGUCCAUGGGAAAAGCACAUUUUUUAGUAGAGAAAAUACCGAAACAGUCGAAAAUUGACUUCAAAUCUUAUAGUUUAAAAGCAAACCUCAUACUUGACAAAAUAAGGUGAAAUAUUCCUUUUAACUUCGCCAUUCCAUGGCGAUUUCAUUUGUUUUUAUGAGCUCCAUUUCAGGUUUAAGUCAAAAAUAAUUUACAAGGUCUCAAGGAUAAUUGGCCAGAGUGGAAAAUACCGUAAUAUUCUUUAAAAUGCCGUUUGUGUGGUGCCUCAUGUAAACCUUACAUAGGCAGUAUUUUUUUUUUCACCACGUUAAGAACUUCCUGGACUGGGGUUUAUAGACGUUCUUGAAUGCUGACUCCACUCUAACUCAGACAAUUUUAUCUUGAUAGAUUCAACGUUUCGUAUGAAUCAUCCCUGGAAUUCUAGACUACUGUCUCUUGGCAUUAAGAACAUCAACAAAGCAAUAGGUUUAAUAAGCAAAACAACCACUUUGCUCAUACAUCAUGCCUUUUAAUAUAUUUCUUUGUCGUCACUGCAUGACUGUGAUGUAAAAAUAACCAAUUUCACGUUUACAGAGGAUGUAAAGAAAGAGCGACAAAUUUUUUUUCUAUUUCUGAACUUGGAUAGUGUUCUUAGAAUUUAACUAUUGGAGGGUUUACCUACAUAUGACACAGUAAGUGAGUUAGAAUAGUAUCAAUGCAGAUCGAAAGAUUGCUAUUCACUGCUGCCGUUGAGUGAUGUGAGGGUAAUUUCCACUCACUCCAUCGCUGGUCAUCGUGAUUAACUAGCCAGUCAUGAGGGGGUUGUACUUCAUGUUUCAAGCUUUUCACAACAUGGGUGAUAGAGUCGUGCCUGGAUGACAGUGCACUGCCAUUAGUCAUUCAUAAUUCUUGGUCCAGGGUGAGCCAAACCUAUGUCCAAUGGUCCGCUACAGGUACAGAUUUAGUUUGGACAUGUAAACUUUGACAUGACUUGUCCGUGGGACAAGCACAUUUUAAAUAAGAAAUAGUAUGGAAACAGUUGAAAAUUGACUUCAAAUUACCAAGACAUAACUCAUUCCCAGGCUCAAAGCAACAGAGAAAAGAAAAAAAAUCUGGGAUACUAGCAAAGAAUUAAGUGAAUCAAGAGAAAAUCUUUAAAUACUCUAGUUUUGAACAAAGCAGUUUGGACAAGGACUCUUGGGUUUCGGACAACCAAAUUUAAUAUAGUGCUUGCCCGAAGGACAAGUGGAUAAGAGAAUUUUUCUCUUACUCUGUUGGUCACAGCUGACAUUUUAAACUAGUACUUUUAGCCUUUUGAGUGCCUUCUUGCUGCUAAUUUUCUCUCAUUUGAAGCGAGUGUUUGAAGAAGGGUUUCUUUUGCAGUUAAUGCCCUCACUCAUAGAGUCAAUGCAAGAUCGUAGUGUUAUUGUAAGAGAUUCUGUGGCGUGGACUCUUGGUCGGAUAUGCGAGAUAUUGCCACAAAUAGCUAUUGACCGUUUCCUUCAACCACUUGUGGACGCUUUGUUGGCUGGCCUUGAUUCUGAGCCCCGCGUUGCUGCCAAUGUAUGCUGGGUAAGAAACUACAUUUUAUCUUGUAAAAAUGCAGAAAAAUAAACCAGGCCUUCCAGAGGUAGAAACGACAGGCAACAUUGACAGUGACAAUCCAAUUUUUAAGUUAAGUUAAAAUGACGUCUGUUCACUUUUUUAACAUACUGAAGGAAAUGGAAUAAGAAUAUAAGUUUGAAAUAGCAUGGAUUCACAUUUUAAUGAUAUGAGGAAAUAAUACUCUGGCUGGGUUGUGUUUUCAGGCAUUCAACUCUCUUGGUGAAGCAGCAUACGAUGCUGCCCCAGUUCCGGACGAGGAAGAAGAACCACCAACUUAUGCUCUAUCCAUGUGGUUUUCUCAAAUAUUAAGCAAGCUCCUUGAGGUCACCGUAAGGUAUGUGAUGGCCAUCUGACAUUUUUCUGAAAUUUGCAGUACUACUACUACGUACUGCUGCUACUGCUUCUACUACUACUAGAGAGGCAUAAUGGAUUUACAAUGAAUAGACCUUUUUACCAAUACUCCGGCCAUAUUGAAUUAAUUUGAUUUAAGGAGUAUUAUAGGAUGCCCAGGGGGGCAUGAGCACAUUUCGUUUGUAUUUUCGAGUUGUUUUCGGGACAUUUUUUCUUAAAGUUUUCUUAGAAUAAGAUUGUAAUGGGAAAAAAGUUCCUUGUGCCUUGUUCUGAUGUAGUAAUGAUCGCCUUUUUUCGUGAGAAAUAUACAGUGAAAGACCACAUUUCUAAUAAUAAACUAGAAAAAGGCGAUCAUUAUUACCUCAAAACAUGGCAUAAGGAUCUUUUUUCCCAUUACAAGCUUUUAGAAAAAAUGUCCCAAAAAGUGCUCGAAAAUACAAAGGAAAUGUGCUCAUGCCCCCUGGGGAUCCUAUAAUACUCCUUAAAUCGAAUUAAUUCAAUAGUUUGAGAAUUUCAUGUACGUAUAUGGGGGGGGGGGGGUGGGUGGGGAACUAUAAUUACCCUACUGCAGUCUUUUUUUCUUCUGUUUAUAGGUUUUCACAAGAUUUUAAUAAAGUUGUUGAUUAAUUCAAUUUUUUUUAAAAAAAAUAUUAUUAUUAUGUAAACACCAAAAUGCUAAUAUUCCCUAAUAAGUGCACAUUUAUUAUUUGAAGUGUAGACUUUCCUUUAUGAAUUUUUAAAUUCAUUUUUAGAAAGUUAAAAAAAUAUUAUUCAAUAUCUUUGGAUAGCUAACCUGCGAACGCAGACACAUUUCUGGUCAUCAUGCCCCCUUUGGCACAAUUUAAUAUAUAAGGUGUUUUUCAUCUUUUUUUGUAGACCUGAAGCUAACCAAGGAAACCUUAGAAGUGCAGCGUAUGAAGCUAUAAUGGAAUUAAUAAAAAAUAGUGCUAAGGUAUAUAAAUACAGUAGAACCCCGCUAACUUGAACUCCUUAAUAGAAAAUGCUUUGAUCUUCUACCAAAUUCUCUCAACUUAUUCCUUAAGGAAAUGUAUAAAGACCAGUUUGGAGAAUUUGUAAGUGGAUAUUGGGGCUUAAGGAGUUAACAGGAUUCUACUGUAUUGAGCUUCUUUGUGUGACAAUGAUGCACAUGGUGUGUCGUGAUAAUGAUUGGAAGUCUUUCAAUGUCUUGUUGUUUUUACCAAUUUAUCAUGUCCUUUUUUUCUUAGGACCUCAGUGUUCAACUGAAGUCACAAUGACACUCCUCUUCAAUUUACAACUAGUAAGAGAAAAAGAGAAAAGAGUCCUGACAAUACUUUAACAUGUCUUUUGUUGCGACUAAUAAGAUCUUUCUGAGGUCGUUCAGGAUUACUAACUACAAAGCUAACCAAUCACUGAUGACACAGUCUCUUUUUUCAUCCUUCACUUCUUGGUCAUUUUUUUAUUAUCAUGUAAUCGCUUUCACCAUGAUUACAAUACUACAAAAGACUAGGGAAAAAAAUACGUUUGAAGAAAAACGAAGGACGAAGGUGCGGGACACACAACAGAGCGAGGCUCCAAAUUAAGUGUGCCCUUAUUGAAAAUACACAAAUACUAACUAUGUAAACAUUAAACAUUAUAAAAAGUAUAAAAAUCCCAUUUGUAAAAACGAUAAGAAUGAAUCCCUCCCGCAGCAGUAGCAGCAGUUACCAGCUAAUAGAAGAUUACGUGACCUACUGCAUUUGUAGUAGAUCGACUUCCAGGUGUUACAGUUAGUGACGUCAUAGUUUGUACGAAAAGCAGCCGAAUAGCGUUGGAGUACAUGAGAUUUAAACUGAUUAAGAGAACUAAGAGUACGAGUGGAUUCAGGUAACGUAUUCCAGAGUUUAGCAAUACGAUUAAAGUAACUAAAUUGAAAGAGCUUUGUACGGCACUUGGGAAUUAGUACGUCUUGAUCAGAGCUAUGGCGAGUGAGAUGAGUGCCUUUAGGCUUGACAUAAUCAGCUAUGGGUAAGGUGUAGUGGCCAGCGCGACACUUGAAAUAGAAACUUCAAUUUCUAUAUAUUUUUUUGGCAUCCUUUAAAAAGCCUCCUUCUUGGAAAGACAAGAAGUUAUGAUGUUUAAAGGCAGUGAAUGCUGUACUUUAUUUUUUGCAGAAAAAUAUGUCUGACAGAAGCCAAUAUAAUGACCUUCAGUCUCUCCUAUGUGCUACACUCCAGGUAAAGCCAAACUAAGUCUAUCCAGCACUUGAUGACCAGUUAAUAGAGGUGACAACAAUAGGGACUUUAAGAUCCAACGACGCGACGGCGACAAGAACGUCGCUUAAAAAGUGAAUAUGCGUUCUUUCAGUCUUUAUAGCGAUUAUUCCUACCCACUUACUUUAUCAAUUGUAGGCGAACCCUCCUGAAGCUGAAUUUCAAGGGACCAUAGCCAAGCUCAAAAUGAGAAAUAAAAUUUCGUCGUUGCUUGUUUACGUCCUCCGUAAAACGCGAAAUUAGGCAUUUUCACGUCGCAGUCGUGCAAAAACGGGAAAGAAAUGUACAAAAAAGUGUGAUGCACGUGCGAAAUUGCGGUUUUGCUGAUUAAACCUAUUGUUUUUUUGACGUUCUCGUUGUCGUCCGCGUCAUUGGAUCUUAAAGUCCCUAUUGGGAGAACUCUCGUUGGAACAGCCAAAAGGUGGACGCUUAAUAGAAGUUUAAUUUCCCAUUCUUUUUUACAAUUAUUUCAAGACUUUAAAUACUGGCCGCUGAAUAGAUGGUGGCCGCUUAAUGGUGUCAUUUAUUAAUUGAGACCAUUGUGUGGAGUUAUUAUGCUUGUUGGGAAAAUUUAACAAAAAUAAUGUGACAUUACAGUAUUCACUAGUGGCAGAGGCUCAAAACGAGCACCUGAAGUCUUGUUCAGUUCUUUCGUAGGCUUUUGCAUUCUCAUUUGACGUUGCACUGUCUUAGCCCAAGACUUACUGUAACCUGUCUGCGACCGCCAUGAUGGAAAAGUUUCACUAUAUUGUAACAGGCUGAGGCCUUGAUAUUCUAACCCAUAUUUUCUUUUGUUAUUCCAACAGAGUGUUCUGCGGAAAGUGAACCCCUUAGACGCAUUACAGAUUGCUAAUCCAAUUAUGAAUGCCCUGCUUCAGAUGCUUAGUUUUGGUGAUAAUGUAACAGGUGGGGUCCAAGAAGAUGCGCUCAUGGCCAUAGGCACUCUUGUGGAGGGUAUGUGACUUUUGAUUGUUAUUAUCAUUAUCAUUGUCAUUAUUAUCAGACGGAAUGGCUACAUGGAUAAAAGUGCAUAGUGCAUCUGUUAUGUCUAUUGUUAUCAGCAACAGUGUCUGGCUGGUUGGCUGAUUUGGCUUUGUUUGUCUGCCUCUCUGUUCAUUGGGCUUAUUUAACAACAGAACGGGAACGUUAGUUGACGACGGGAAAGCGCGCAGAAAGGACUGUGCACGGCUUCCGAUGCUCAAUUUGCCGCUGUACCAUUGGCCAAGCCAGUUCUUAGAUUUGCGUGCGCCGUCGUCAACUGACGUUUGGGUUCUGUUGCUAAAUCAGCCCAUUAUUAGUUACUGUAAAUCUGUAUUUUAUAAUUUCUCAAAGCAGACACUCGUUUGAGCUUUGAAGUUAAAGGUGUGUUUGAGUUUUGACAACGUUGUCAUUACCUGUGUUUCUAGUUGUUGGUGAGCAGUUUGUGACAUACAUAGAAGCAUUUAAACCAUACUUAUUAGAAGCACUCAAAAACAAAGCUGAAUACCAGGUAAUAACUUUUUGUUCCUUUCCUUUUGAAGAACAACGCCAGUAAUUGCGCGUUUGCUGCCUACUGAUAUUCCAGGGCUACAACCAGUUGCAAAAAUGUUGAUACACUAAGACGAAAAACUGGCUCUUUUUGCUCAAAAUCUGCUAGUCACAUAUCUGUGAGAUAAAACACUCAACCUCCCCCCUCUCCCUCCAUUCAAAGUUGUUCCUCAAGUUCUGAGCAUGGUCUUGUAUAGCUAGCAACUUCGACAAGGAGGAGGAGGUAGGGGUCACAAGCACACGAUCAAUAAUAAUGGACAGUCCUUUUAGGCCCAAAGAAGGUUUCAGUUGCAACUGUUUGUAGCAGUUUGUUAUAUGAACCUACGGUCUGAUUAGCUCCCACUAGUCUCCCGUGGCUCAGUGGGAGAGCGUCUGGACUGUCAUAGGUUCGACUUCCUUUUGAGUAGCCUGCGAAAAGCAGACGCAUUUCCGGUCGUCGCUUCUCUCCCUCCGAAAAAUAGCUAUUUUUCGGAGGGAGAGAAGCGACGACCGGAAAUGCGUCUGCUGUUCGCAGGCUACCUUUUGAGAGAACUCCGUUUUUUUUUCAAGUCGCCUGAAUAACCGAAGCCUGUUCCAAGCGUUCAGAGAAAUUGACGAGGUGGAAAAACGAGGGGAUACUUAACUUGCUCCCCACUAUCUGAACGCCUGAAACAGGCUAGAAUAACCAUUCCAACAUAUUGAGCCUUUCGAGUCCCCAGUCGUUGGCGAUCGCUUAUUUUGGGAACUUUUUUUUUUUCGAUCUCAUCGUGCUCAUAUAUUUCUUCUUUAUUGUUGCGCUAAAGGUUUGUGUGGCUGCUGUGGGGCUUGUGGGAGACAUUGCACGAGCUUUGGGAUCAAAUAUAGUGAGUUACAGUGAUCUUUUUAUGCAGAUUUUACUGGAAAACCUGGCGGUAAGUUGA